UUAUUAGUAAAAUGAAUUAGUAAUUGAAUAUUUGUUAUUGUCUAAAUGAGUGACUAAAUUAGUGUGUAUUGUGAAUGUUUUUUUAAUUAAAUUUUUGACAGAUUUUCACAACAAUUUUACACAACUCAACUCUUCUACAAAAAAAAAAAUAUAUAUACAUCUCAAACUUAAAAAAUAUGUGUUAAAUUAGAAUUCUCAUUGAUUAUCUUCGAUAAUCUUUAGAAAUUAAUCAAAAUGCGAAAAUCAUCAAACGAUAUUAACGUUUCACAUAUGGACACUCGAUCACCCUGUACGAACAAUGAUUCAACUACGCCUGGAGGAAGUAAUCAACGACGUAGAGGAGUAUCACGUUUUAGUAUUAGACGAUUAUUAUAUGCAAGUCCAUUAGGUGGACGUCGAUUACCACGAUCUGUUCAAACCACUUCCAAGAACCAUCAUAGACCUUUUGCUCGAGAAGGUACGGAAGCUCGAAGUAGUUCAUCAUCACGAAUCAAUGAACGUUUUCAUCCGGAAAUCCGUGCAACAAAUAGUGGGCCAGGAGCAUUUCCACAUCAACAGGAAUUACAAAAAACUGUUAGUCGUUCAUCAGUUUUUACAACAAGUACAGCGAAAAGUGGCGAAGGUGUAUGGCUCGAAUGUCCAUUAUGUUUGGCCGAAUUAUCAAGUGAAGAAUUCCCUGAACUAAUGGCAUGCGGUCAUCGUUCAUGUUAUAAUUGUUUACAACAAUAUCUCCGAAUUGAAAUUUCAGAAUCUCGUGUAUGUAUUGCUUGCCCGGAAUGUGCUGAGCCAAUGCAUCCAAAUGAAAUACGAUCAAUUUUAGAUGAUAAUACACAAUAUGAAAAAUAUGAAGAUUUUAUGGUUAGACGAGUAUUAGCUGUUGAUCCUGACACUAGAUGGUGUCCAGCACCAGAUUGUAGUUAUGCUGUGGUAGCAACAGGUUGCGCCAGUUGUCCAAAACUUCAUUGUGAACGUCCUGGCUGUGAUUCAUAUUUUUGUUAUCAUUGUAAAGCUGAAUGGCAUCCCAAUCAAACAUGUGAUGCUGCACGCGCACAACGUUCACCUAAUGUACGCUCAUCAUCGGUUAGUUUUAGUCAAGAUUCUAGACAAAACGAUAUAAAACCUUGCCCAAGAUGUCAAGUGUUAAUAGUUAAAAUGGACGAUGGAUCCUGCAAUCAUAUGAUGUGCGCAGUUUGUGGAGCUGAAUUUUGUUGGCUCUGUAUGAAAGAAAUUAGUGAUCUACAUUAUCUUAGUCCUUCUGGUUGCACAUUUUGGGGUAAAAAACCAUGGUCUCGAAAGAAGAAAAUACUAUGGCAACUUGGAACACUUGUUGGUGCCCCCGUUGGAAUUGCUUUAGUUGCCGGCAUUGCAGUACCGGCUAUGAUAAUAGGAAUUCCUGUUUGGAUUGGACGAAAAUUAUAUACAAGAUAUCGUUCGGCAAAUAAACAUAAGCGAAAUGCUGCUAUCAUUGGUGGAGUUACUGCCUCGAUAUUAGUAUCUCCUGUAUUAGCUGCAGUUACUGUAGGAAUUGGAGUUCCAAUCCUUUUAUUCUAUGUGUACGGCGUUGUUCCAGUUUCAUUGUGCAGAUCUGGCGGAUGUGGUGUUACAACCAGCGGAGCUGGUGUCAAAUUCGAAUUUGAUGAUGAAAAUGAUUACAUGAGUCAACUUGGACAACUUACUACUCGAAAUCAAGAUACUUCUUCAAUAGAUGCUCUAAGUCAUCGUGGUGUAAAUCCAAGUAUUGGUGAAGUUUCAUUGUCGAUGGUUAGCGGUAGUCAAACUUUGCGUAUCGGUCAAGAAACAGAUCGUGAAUCUGCUAGUAAUAUUGCAUUAGCUGGAGCAAGUUUAGCUGGAAGCAUUACUUCAAGUUGUGUACCUAGUGGUCAACGGCUCGAAAUACAAGUUGAUGUUUUGGCUGGCCAACGCUUUAGUAUGAGUAGUGAAACUGCUUCAGCAACGACAAGUCUUUCAGAGAAAUCAGUUAAUGCCAGCUUGCCAGAUGAUGGAGGUGCAUCUACUAGAGCAUUAGCAGGAUCUGUUCUUAAUUAUAAGCCCAGUGUAAGUGAAACCUGUAGUUUGGCAACAAAUGGUGGUGGUGAAGAUUGUGGUUCAGAACGUGUCCGUUUCGAUGAUAAUGUUAGUUUUAUAGCUCCGCAUAGUUUCGCUGAUAAAACAAGCAUUGGUAGUACACGUAGUUGGCGUAUGCAACAACAUAGUCUCGAAUCCGAGUCAACACCACGACCCGUUAAAGUUACAUUAGCACGUACCGAUCAUAUUUCUAGUAAUGAAAGUAUCGUUAUCGAUACGGAAUUGCCAAUCGAAGAGCAUAAACCCACACGUAAUAUAUCGACUGCAGCAACAUUACGACGUUUAUUUUUUCACUCGAAUUCAACGCAACAAUCAAACGAUGGCGGUAAUCAAUUGAUUAAUAAAAGUACAGAGUCAACAAGUAGUAGAGGUAUACAAGAGACAAAUUCAUCAACAAUGUUACCAGUCAUUCCUGAACCUCCAGUAGUAUCAACAAAUAAUAUUAAAAUAGAUAUUUCUAUGCUAUAG